AUGACAGUCCAGACAGAAAAGAUCGAUGCCGAAGCACAGAAAGAUUCAACUUUGACCUCUUCACCUCCCAAUGAUAGCAUAGCAGAAAGCACUAGCAGGGAACCGAAACUCAACAUGGAUGCCAAACCAUCUUUAACAAUUAGUGAAGAUGCCCUCAACCCAAACGAGGUGGAUUGGGAGGGACCUGACGACCCCGAGAACCCGCGUAACUGGCCUGUAUGGCGACGAAGUUUGAUUUUUGCCACAAUUAUGUCGAUUGUUUUUUCAACAUCUCUGGCAUCCUCCGCUAUAGCACCCGCUGUUCCCCAGCUCAUGAGAGAAUUUAAUUCAGACAACGAUCAAGCUGGAACGCUUGUAGUCACAAUUGAACUUAUGGGUACUGCUGUGGGUCCAUUGAUCAUGGCGCCCAUGUCCGAGCUAUUUGGUCGCCGACACAUCUAUAACAUUGCCAAUGUAGGAUUUUGUGCAUUUUCCUUGGGAUGCGGCCUAACACGAAACAUGGGCGCACUCAUCGCACUUCGCUUUCUACAAGGAUGUGCUGCUUCCUGUUCGAUCAAUAAUGGGGGAGGUACCAUCGGAGACAUUGUGCCAACGCAUCGACGCGGUGCGGCUAUGUCGCUAUUUUCGACGGGCUUCCUAUUUGGGCCUGUUAUCGGCCCUAUUGCCGGAAGUUAUUUGGCAGCCGCGGCCGGCUGGCGUUGGGUAUUUUGGCUCCUGAUGAUGCUGGCAAGCAAUGGAACCCUCGGUGCAAUUUGUGCCAUUGUUGGGCAGGAAACAUACGCGCCAGUACUUCUGCAACGAAAAGCCAGAAAGCUUCGAAAAUCGACUGGGAAUCCCAAUUUAUACCCGAAAGGCCAAUGUGACAUACCCGUGCUUGAAUUGUACCGCCGGUCCAUCGCCCGUCCACUUAAGAUGUUUUUCUUGUGCCCUCUAAUCACUGGUUUGUCCCUUUACAUUGCCGUUGUGUAUGGAUUCACCUACCUGCUCUUCUCGACAUUCUCUGUGGUCUUUGAGGAUCAAUAUCAUUAUAGCGCGGGCAACCUCGGUCUAGCAUACUUGGGAUUGGCCGGGGAAUGCUGCUUUCAAUCACUAUUGCCAGUAUUAUCAGUGACCGGACAUUUGUAUCGUCUGGAAAGUCUGAUAUAUGGCGCCAUUGCGAUUCCUAUCGGGUUCUUUUUUUAUGGCUGGACCGCUUACUACAAGGUCCAUAGUGCUGUUCCAAUCGUUGCGACGGCCUUCGUUGGAUUUGGAGUCAUGUUCACCUUCAUUCCCACACAAGUAUAUAUGGUUGACGCGUACACAAAAUAUUCUGCUAGUGCAAUUGCCGCAAGCAGUAUACUCAGAAGCCUUGCAGGUGCUUUGCUUCCACUUGCCGGUGUUCCUAUAUAUGACAGGCUUGGACUCGGUUGGGGAAACUCAGUCCUAGGUUUUGUUGUAUUGGUACUGGGAUGUCUGCCAUUGCUGUUCCGCAAAGUUGGGGAGGACUGGCGGCUGAGAUUUUCCGUUGAUUUUGAUUGA